UGAGGAAUCAGGUGUGCGUUGUUCUCCUGGUUCGUUCUGAGUGAAAUUACAGUUCUUCAGCAUUGUCGUCCCGGCAUCAGACGUUACUCUGUGAACGAUCCUCGGCGGUUGUCGCAGAGCUGCAUCUGUGAUCUAACGUAUGCAGGCAGCGGAGUCGCAGCCAAACGAUCGCGGAACGAAUUAUUGGACCGGCUUUGUAACUGACCGACCGACCAACCGUCGUUUCGAUCGAUUCGUUCUCUUAUAAACGCUCAUUGCUUGUCUACUCCAGAAUGGAAGCUCUGAUACCUGUGAUAAACAAGCUACAAGACGUAUUUAACACCGUAGGCGCUACUGUGUUACAGCUGCCACAAAUCGUCGUCCUGGGCACGCAGAGCUCUGGAAAAUCAUCUGUAAUAGAAAGUUUAGUUGGUCGCUCUUUUCUACCACGAGGGACUGGUAUUGUUACACGACGUCCAUUAAUAUUACAACUUGUGUAUACACCAAAGGAUGAUCGUGAGCAUAGAAGCGCAGAGAAUGGCACUUUGGACCUGGAAGAAUGGGGAAUGUUUCUACACACAAAAAAUAAAAUCUACAAGAAUUUUGACGAUAUUCGUACAGAGAUUGAAGCUGAAACUGACAGAAUGGCUGGAGCAAACAAAGGAAUCUGUCCAGAACCAAUUAAUCUCAAAAUAUAUUCAUCGUCUGUCGUUAAUCUCACACUCAUAGAUCUACCUGGUAUUACAAAAGUACCAGUGGGUGACCAGCCAGAGGACAUUGAAAGUCAAAUACGCGAGCUCGUAUUGAAAUAUAUAUGUAGUCCUAAUUCAAUCAUUUUAGCAGUCGUGACUGCCAAUACUGAUAUGGCUACAAGUGAAAGUUUAAAGCUAAGUAAGGAUGUUGAUCCAGAUGGUAGGCGGACGCUGGCUGUCGUUACAAAGAUGGAUCUCAUGGAUGCUGGUACCGACGCCAUAGAUAUUUUAUGUGGCAGAGUUAUCCCAGUCAAACUGGGUAUUAUAGGCGUUGUUAAUCGUUCUCAGCAAGAUAUAAUGAAUAACAAAAGUAUUCAGGAAGCACUGAAGGACGAGGCUACAUUUUUACAACGCAAAUAUCCAACACUGGCUAAUAGAAACGGAACUCCUUACUUAGCGAAAACUCUCAAUCGCUUACUUAUGCAACAUAUCAGAGAUUGUUUACCGGAAUUAAAGAACAGAGUGAAUACAAUGGUCGCGCAAUAUCAAACUCUACUCAAUUCUUACGGCGGAGACGUCGAAGACAAGAGCCAAACCUUGCUGCAGAUCAUCACGAAAUUCGCAAACAGCUAUUGCGCUACGAUAGAGGGCACGUCCAGAAAUAUAGAAACCACAGAGCUGUGCGGCGGUGCUCGUAUUUGUUACAUAUUUCACGAGACGUUUGGUAAAACACUCGAUUCGAUUAAUCCGCUGGCAGAUCUUAGUAAAGUGGACAUACUGACCGCUAUCCGCAAUGCAACUGGUCCGAGGCCGGCUCUUUUCGUGCCGGAGGUCUCCUUUGAGUUACUAGUUAAACGGCAAAUACGGAAAUUAGAGGACCCUUCAUUACGGUGUGUAGAGCUUGUGCACGAAGAAAUGCAAAGUAUAAUACAGCAUUGUGGCACUGAGGUGCAGCAGGAAAUGCUACGUUUUCCUAAACUGCACGAACGUAUUGUCGAUGUUGUUACACAAUUGCUGCGCAGACGGCUCCCACACACCAAUUCAAUGGUUGAGAACUUGGUUGCGAUAGAAUUGGCAUACAUUAACACUAAGCAUCCUGAUUUUCACAAAGAUGCAGCGUUUGUGUCGUCUUUACUGAAGGAUGCUGACGUUGAUCACCUGAAGCACAACAAGCGAUUAGCUUCAACAUCCAGUACUAUAAUCCCCAAUGAUACAAGUGUAAAAUCAGUCAAUAAUCAAGAUGGGAUAAACUCUGUUUCCGAUCAGACUAAAGAGCAGCAAGGACAGCAAAAUCACUGGCUGCUGAGCAACUUACUACUGCAAGGAAGAAGCGAGUCAGCCAGUUCUAUGGACUCCAUUGUGACUAAUUCUCCAGUCAGAAUGCGUGAGAAUAAUAACAACUCCCCGUUUAUGAACAACCCAGCGAACGAGGUGAAAGGAUCUCCACAACAAAAACCAGUAAAUCUACUCCCUGCGGUGCCAAUACAGACGUCCCGAAAACUUAGCGAGCGCGAACAACGGGACUGUGAUAUUAUCGAAAGACUCAUAAGAUCAUACUUUUAUAUUGUACGGAAGUCCAUUCAGGAUAGUGUACCAAAGGCUGUUAUGCAUUUCCUAGUCAACUACGUAAAAGAUAAUUUACAAAGUGAACUUGUCACGCAUUUGUACAAAUCGGAUCAGGUCGAGGCCUUGCUGAUCGAAAGCGAUCACAUUGCAGUUAGGCGCAAAGAAACAGCAGACAUGCUUAAGGCUUUAACUCAAGCCGGUCACAUCAUUAGCGAAAUUAGAGAGACGCAUAUGUGGUAAUUGAAUGCCUAAGCCUUUACACUACCGGAUUCUAGUUGAAUAUAGGUAUUGCAUCUGUGUUUUAAUGAACUAAAUUAAAGGAUGUACUUUACCGAUGUUUAUGACGGACCACUGUACAUAACUUAUCUUUCUCAUACAAGUAAGAUAUAUAUAACACAAUUAAAGCAAUGGUCCUGAUAGAUUUAAUUAAUGUGUAAGCAUGAAGGAAAGCAUAACGUACAUAAAGCGCGCAAUUAUGCAACCGAGA